GCGGGCUUGGCGCGCGUCCUCGGGCGCCGACCACCAGCCAGCCCAAACCUCGGAGGAAAUGACUGCCCUCGUUCCUCGUACCGCGCUCCGCUGCUAUUUCCUUCCGCCUUGGCUGGGCUCAAGGUUUUCAGAAGCGUGGCUGGGCUGUGGGACUGAGAGGCUCUCCAGGCCCGGCCCGCCCCUCGGCCCCUCCGCGCAGCCCCGGCCGCUGUCCAGUUCUACCGGAUGGAGCCGAGGCUGCAGCCGAGCCGACUUUGCGGCCACGUCCCCUAGCAAGCGGGCCCGGCCUGCGGAGGAGGGGAUGCUGCGGCUGCGCUUCACCCGGCUCUCGGAGCACGCCACGGCCCCGACCCGGGGGUCUGCACGGGCCGCGGGCUACGACCUGUACAGUGCCUAUGAUUAUACAAUACCACCUAUGGAAAAAGCUGUUGUGAAAACAGACAUUCAAAUAUCUCUUCCUUCUGGGUGCUAUGGAAGAGUAGCUCCACGUUCUGGCUUGGCUGCAAAACACUUUAUAGACGUAGGAGCUGGUGUCAUAGAUGAAGAUUAUAGAGGAAAUGUUGGUGUUGUAUUGUUCAAUUUUGGCAAAGAAAAGUUUGAAGUGAAAAAGGGUGACAGGAUUGCACAGCUCAUUUGUGAACGGAUUUUUUAUCCAGAAAUAGAAGAAGUUAAAGCCUUGGAUGACACUGAAAGGGGCUCCGGAGGUUUUGGUUCCACUGGGAAGAAUUAAGAUUUAUGCCAAGAACAGAAAAUGAAAAGACAUGCUUUUCUUAGAGAGAAUUUUUCUUUAAUGUGUUAGAAUUUUGCACUUCUGUAAACUUAAUGGCUUUAGCUUCUAGAAUUAUCUCCUUUGCUUUUGAACAAGGAAAACAUCUUUGGUACAAAGUUACUUCCCUAUUUUUUUCUGCAGUUGAUGAUUGUAUGUAAAUCUGUUGUGACUUCAAAGUGAAAUGUGUAUCAAUUUCAGAUUUUAAAGUGGUACUGUAUUGUUUAAUUCAAUAAAGGAUACCUCGCCAGCAA